UCGUCUACCUCUAGCCGCGAAAAACCUAAACCCCUCCUCCACCUCCACAUCACAACACUAGCCCCAGCCACUGUCACUACCCCAACCCAGCCGUUUAUCACCAACUGCCAAAAACCCUUGCCCCUCCUCUACCUCCACAUUGCAACCACUAGCCCCAGCCACCCGCCACUGUCACUACCUAACCCAGUUGUCAAUCACCAGCCGCCAGAAACCUUAGCCCCUCCAUCUCCAUGUCGCAAUAACCACCAGCCCCAGCCACUACCCCAACUUAGCCGUCUAUCACCAGCCGCCAAAAACCCUAACCUUGCCACACUACUUCAUUGCCACACCAAGCCACCAGUCCAUUGA